AUGAACCAACUAAUGGAAGACAGCAAAUGUGAUGCCGCUUCAUCAUCAUCUACAGUUGCACAGUCAUCUGCAUGUGAAUGCGUGCAACCAGUGGCCACAAUAUUACGCAUUCGACGCAAACGAACAGCCGAUCCACAUGAUGCGUUGAUCGUAUCGUUGAAAAAAUCACGCAAAGCCGAUAAAACGUCUGAUGAUGGUAUUACUUCACUCCUGUAUUCACUUGCCGGAACCUCUACAACACCGGUGAGAUGA